UGAUAACGGACUUCUGCAAUCCAGCCUCUGAUAGGCAUCAUCGCUGUCGGUCUUGACGAGCUAUGCCUGUAGUGCAGAAGUCCGAAAUGGGUUGCAACAUGGGACGCGCGAGGGUCAUAUAACUACAUAUGGAAGAUGAGCGGCAGUUCCAGGAUGCAAGUCUCGGGUUUCUCUUCCUUCACCUGGCGGAUCCCUCUUCACCAUGGCCUCUACCGUUGAGAAAACUUCGACCCAGAUGGAUGUCAAAGACACGUCGACUCCAUCAGACCCGCCUUCCAUCAAAGAUGGCGCUCAGGAGAACGUCGGCGUCGGUGUCGUCCUCACCCACGACGAAUACCAUCUUGCCACCCUGGGCUACAAGCAGGAGUUCAUUCGGUCUCUGGGCUUUUUCGAGAGUUGGGCCUCGACAUUUACAUCGAUGAACUUCAUCUCGGGCAUUCCUGUCCUGUUUGGCUGGGUCAUGUACACCGGGGGACCUCAGGCAGCAUUCGCCAACUGGACCAUGGUCGGCGGCCUGUCUUGUGUCGUGAGUUUGGUGAUGGCAGAGCUGGCUGCCUCGCUACCCACGACAGGCGGCAUCUACUUCUGGAGCUACCGUCUGGGCGGGGAGAAAUACGGGCCCUUCCUCAGCUGGAUGACGGCCUGGUGGAACUGGGCAGGCUGGAUCAGCGUCGUGCCCGGCGUCCAACAGGGUUCUACCAAUUUCUUGGUCUCGGGCUUGAUGAUCAAGUACCCCAACGCCGAAGUCCUGCACAAGGGCUGGUUCUUGUGGCUGCUCACGAGCAUCGGCAUGAUCUUUGCCAUGAUUCCAAACAUCUACAACCCGAGGCUGCUCCGGUAUUACUUCCGCUUCGCCGUCGCCAUCUUCUUCUCCCUCUUCUUCAUGUACUGGAUCUGGUUCCCGGUCAAGGCUUCGCAGAAGCAUUUCAACAGCAGCCACGGAGCAUUCGAUUUGUUCUACAACGGGAUCAAUCUGGGAGAGAAAAAGCAGGCCUCUGAUGCGUACUGUUGGGUCAUUUCUGUCCUGUUCGGAGCUUGGGUUUUCUAUGGGUACGACGCAUCGGCACAUUUGGCUGAAGAGACCAAACAAGCCUCCACCGUCGUUGCCAAAGGCAUCUACAUUUCCACUUUCUCGGCUUGGCUCUUGUCGGUUCCUACCCUCAUAAUCAUCCUGUUCUGCAUGCAAGAUUUCGACGGUAUCAUCUCAGCCACUUAUGCAAACAACUGGGCCGAGUACCUCGUUCAACUCAUUGGCGAGAACGGCGCGGUCGCCAUUCUUUCACUGCUCUGGGUCGACAGUACGUGUGCAACGGCAAGUUGCUUCAUGUCGGCCCAGCGAGUCACCUAUGCCAUCUCCCGCGACGGUGUGCUCCCCUUCAGUUCCUUCUUCAGGAAGCUCUCCAAGCGCAAGAUGGCAGUCAAUGCGGCGCUGCUUGUCUUUUUCAUGUCUGUUGCGAUCACGACGGCCGUCAUUGGCUCUGCGGUCGCCUUCUCCGCCAUCACAGCCACGGCGACGAUCGCCACGAAUUUCUCCUAUCUGAUUCCCAUCAUUGCGAGACAGACAGUGGGACGCAAGUCGUUUAUACCGGCAAAGUGGAACUUGGGCAAGUUCUCUGCCCCACUGGCUCUUGUGGCCACUGCAUACAUCUUGUUCCUGUUUGCGGUUCUUCUCCUGCCGCAGUUGUACCCGGUGGACGCAGACACCUUGAACUAUGCGCCGAUUUGCAUUGGUAUUAUCACCAUCAUUAGCUUGGCGGGAUGGUUCUUCCCCGUAUGGGGUGCCAGGCACUGGUUUCAAGGUCCGAUCAAGACGAUCACUGAAGAAGAGUUGAGACAUGCCCGGGUCGAAGGAGGAGUGGCGACGGUUGAGGAAGGAGACGCGAUAGCCAACUUUGAGUAUGGACACCGGCGGAAGAGUGUGUGACGGGACGAUGUAGCUUGAGACGAGGGCGGAGGGUGUAAGAACAAAACACAUUUCGGGACAAAGGCAUGGCUGCGUGGCUAUUCUGACACUUUUUGC